CUUUGUCCUGUCAAGAGGUGACAGAAGAUGACGUCCUGGAUGCAAGCUGCCUGUUAGAAGUUUUAAGGAUGUACAGGUGGCAGAUCUCAUCCUUUGAAGAGCAGGAUGCUCAUGAACUAUUUCAUGUCCUUACCUCUUCAUUAGAAGAUGAACGAGAUCGUCAGCCACGUGUGACACAUCUGUUCGAUGUGCAUUCGCUGGAGCAGCCAGAAAUAACCCAAAAGCAAAUCAGCUGCAGAACAAGAGGGUCUCUUCCCCCUAUGUCGAGUCACUGGAAGUCUCAGCAUCCUUUUCAUGGCAGGCUGACCAGCAACAUGGUUUGCAAACACUGUGAACACCAGAGUCCUGUGAGGUACGAUACCUUUGACAGUCUCUCGCUGAGUAUUCCAGCGGCUAUGUGGGGUCGUCCUAUGACGCUGGACCACUGCCUCCACCAUUUCAUCUCCUCUGAAUCUGUGAAGGACGUUGUGUGUGACAACUGCACUAAAAUUCAGGCAGAAGGGACUCUGAAUGGACAGUGCAUAGAAAACCAGAGAACAACAUUCAUUAAGCAAUUAAAAUUAGGAAAGCUCCCUCAGUGUUUGUGUAUCCAUCUGCAAAGGCUGAGCUGGUCAAACCAAGGCACUCCUCUGAAACGUCACGAACAUGUCCAGUUCAAUGAGUUCCUGAUCAUGGACAUCUACAAAUACCGCAUUCCUGUUCAUAAAUCAAGCCAGAAUGAGCUGAAUCAGAAAAACUCCGAAGAGACAGCGCCUGGGACAAAGGAUGGGAUAGCAGUAAAACCUUCAGAGGCAGAGCCGCCAUCUGGUACUAAACCACUCUUUAUGAACGGUGCCUGCUCCCCUUCAUUUUUAAUGUCCUCGGGAACUUUUCCACUUGCUGCAUUCCCUGAGUGCAGUUCCCCCGUGUACCUUUACCGUCUGAUGGCAGUUGUAGUUCAUCAUGGAGACAUACACUCUGGACACUUUGUGACUUACCGCCGCUCUCCGCCUUCUCCCAAGAACCCCCUCUCUGUCAGCAGCCAGUGGCUCUGGAUUUCGGAUGACACCGUUCGCAAAGCUAGUUUGCAGGAAGUCCUUUCUUCUAGUGCUUACUUGCUUUUUUAUGAGCGCGUUCACUCGAGAGUACAGCACCAAAGCUUGGAGUUGAGGGCUGAAAAGUGA